GCGGGCGACGUGGUGACGGCAAGCACUGCGACCUGUGCGGCAGCUCCCUGCCCGCCGUGCGCUGCGACCAGUGCGCGUCGCAGAUCUUCUGCUACUCCUGCGACGACAUGUACCACCGUCAUCCCAAGCGGACAACCCACGUUCGGAAGCCCCUGCAGCAGGCGGUGCGGCCCCCGCUGCCGCCCAAGGGGGAGGCUCCGCCCGCCCCCGUGCCGCCCCCGCGCAGGAAGGGGAGGACAUCGCGCAUGGGGACGCCCAGCCCACUGGACGGACAGGUAAACCACCGACACAGCUGCGCCCUGUCCUAGGGACACCCCAGGGACGUCGUCCCUCCGUAGAGUCGCACCGCACCCCUGCAUCCGCAUAUCUGCCGCCGCGCUUUCCUUCAUUUUCAUUUAUUAUUUUUUAAAUAGGUCCGCAAACAACAAUUCGAUUGACUUAUUAAUUUUUUUGUCUCACCAUUUUUCUGAGAUUUUUUCUUGUUUGUGGUAGCACGGAUAGGGUAAAUGUUUUUGCAGGAUCUGCCAGAGUUAUUAGCAUUAUUUUUUUACUUGUAUUUUUUCUACUGUACUCGUUUGUUCGUCUUGGCAAGCUUGAUUCAAUUUAAAUAUGGAAUGUAUAAGAAUCAAGUUGUCAAUUGAGGUGAACAGAA